CCAGGAAAUGUUCAUACGUCAUUGAAGCGACUCUCGGACGACAGUGCUGGCCAGCUGAAGUACUUUGCAUCGCGACAUGUUAUGCGGCGCGUCGGCGCGACUGAACUUAGAGGGAGACAGAUUUUGCGACAUUCUCCGGAACGCCUACAAAAUAGUCGCUAUAUAUCCUCCUCCGCAGUAAUUUUGGCUUACGCUGAUGCGAAG